AAAAUGGAGUCGAUUGGAAAAUUGCUCAGAAGCUUCCGCUGGAUCUCGAGUGACACCAAGGCUGGCGGGAUUGAGAUUCCGACUUAUGCGAAGUGGAGACGCUUCUUUGUCUUCGGCUGCCUUCCGGUGAUCACUCUCUGCGCCCUGAACGUGUUCUUCAAUCACAAGCCAGAGCGUCCGGAGUUCAUCGCCUACGAGCACAUGCGACUGCGGACCAAGAGGUUUCCCUGGGGCGACGGGGAGCGCAGCCUCUUCCACAACAAGAAAAUGAACGCCCUUCCGACGGGAUAUGAGGAGGACUAG